AUGGCAUCGCCUUCAAAGCACUUUGAUGUGUUUGGCUUGCAUCCCACAUUCAACAUAGAUCAGCACAAACUCAAAAAGCAGUAUCACGAGCUCUCCAAAAUAUUCCAUCCAGAUCUACAACGCGGCUCUUCUACAGCGCAAACACGCAUGGACGAAAUCAACAAGGCAUACAGCAUUCUAAAGGAUGACUUUUCACGUGCAAAAUAUUUAAACAAUCUGGAACCAUUGUCUGUCAGUCAGGAAUUCUUGAUCGAGAUGCUUGAUUAUGAAGAUGCAAUAUCUAACAUAACAAGCAGCCAUCAAGAACAGACCAUCAGAAACGAUCUGUUGCAACGAAUUGACCAGUGCAAGUACAAUUAUUCAAAUGCUGAAUAUCUGAGCAAAUGGGCCUACUAUGAAAGACUAAUAAAAAUCCUGGAUGAAAGCAAAAUCACAAUGCAACAAUAA